GGAAACGCUACGGAAGGAGCGAAAAUGCGCGACUUUACGAUCACGUUCGCUGCCACCGGCAACUGCGCCUUCAUUCACCCUCACCCGCAGUCUUUCGGCUUAGCCACGGGCUCUUGGCCUUCCCGAGGCCGCAUUUUGACAAUAUAUUCGCUAGCAAGAUAAGGACAGAAGCGCACCGUUUCAAACAUAAUUGCACUGGCAGAUCAACGAGAUGAGCGAGUACAAGAAUCAACCGAGCGACGGCGACAGUUCUUACAAGGCACCGGACUUCCUGGACGCGAUGGCUUUUGACCAGGAUCACAGCGUGGAAUUCCAACCUCAGGGGGAAAGCGGGGACUCAAGAUUUGCCGGAAAUGAUGCCUCUACGCCUGCAUAUGGUGGAGCGACACCUCACUUGGGUCAAGAGCAGGACUCCCAGAAUCAGGCAUAUUGUGGCCGUCAGUACCCAUUUGGCUUCCUGACACGAUGCACACCAGACCGCGGACAGCAGGAGCGCGAAUUUUCAGCUGCAUCGCCGUCAGGACCGUGGCCUCAGCAAGAAGGAGGCCCUGUUCUCGAGGGCACGAGUGAAGAUGCGUUUAAGAGCCCAGGCCAUCGAACUCGUAGCCGGUUGGAUAGCGAAGACCUUGACGUCCAGCAGAUAGCCAACCAGGUUGUCUCGCAAUCGAGCAUGCGACAUCCGAAAUUCGCGGACCCUCUCUCGGCGCAAGCACAUCUUUUGACACCCGUCUGGCGUCCUGAGUCCGGCGAAUACGGCAUCCCUCAAAACAGCGAAGGCAUGAUGCCGUUUGUGUACCAACUGUACAACGCCUUCCUCGACGUUAGCGAAGUCUACGACGCCCACCUGAAUUCACACUACGCCGCUCACUUCUCCCCGGGCGGAGUAUGGAGCCAGAACCUUGACGACGUCGAAGCGAUCUCCCACAUCGUCGUCAGCGGGGCGGUAAAUCUGCACACCCGCGGAACUAUAGGCCUACAGUUUAAGCAUAUGCCCGAGACGCUUCCUGCUCCUGGCACACCCGGUUCGAGGCUCACCUUCGGGCAGCGUAUCUGGUACUUGGCCACUCUCAUCAGGCACUACAAGAUCCAUGCUGAGAGCCUGAUGCGUCAAAUCCGGAUUGAGGAUCAUUUGGUGCUUGUAUUCGAUAUGCUGAUGAAGCAUACGGAUUUCAAGGAGAAGUUCAGCGCUCGCCCGGAGUACGAGAGGGAAGUGGCAAUGCGCGAAGUCAGGGAAUUGGGGAUUCCCCAGCCGCUCCAACAGAACCAGAAUGUGUCAGGGAAUGUUGAUAUACAGCACAUAGGUCAAGGUGGCUCUGCCCACGCCACGGAACGUGCCAAGGAGUUGGUGAGGCAGCGUCUCGCCCAAAUGGCUGCCGCCGGCGUGGGAUCCUCCCAGCACAUCCAGGCCAACAUGGGAAACCAUUUCCAUGCACACAGCAAUGGCUUCUCACCACAGCCUCAAGGCCAAUUUGGGCCGCAAAUAGGCGCUCGGGGAGGAAGUCAGGCUUCAGUGGACUCUCAAGGAUUCGACCCGUUCUCUGGUCGGGACCACCCGACGUUACCCGAGCAAUGGCAGAUGCUAGGCAGUCCCGCCCCUGACCCUACCUCGAGGAGUACAGCACGCGCCUGGAGCUUGUUUCAUUCUGGAAAUGAGCAGCGUUCGGCUAUUGGACGGUCCUACAUUCCCGGCCAUUCGACAAACAGUGGUUACGUUCAAGUUCAGGACCCUUAUCAUGGCCACUACGGCGAGUCGGGAGUAUUCGUGCAGGAGCCAGCUGAUGAUGCCUCUGGGUAUCACUGAGGCUCGCAGGCUCGCUCAGCUGAUGGCGUCGUGAUGUUGCAUUUUCGCUGACAUUCGGUGAAGGAGGCAGUGGCUGAUCGGUGUAUCAAUGGCUAGGCGGAGUUAAUCACCUGUAGCAUACAGAUCCAACCCGGAAGCUGGGCAUAAUAAGACGGUAAGCAUGGUAGGACGGGUGUUUUCCUAGUCCGGCGAGAGUUACGAGAUAUACGGCAUCAAUGGCAUCAAAACCUAAUGUACCAGAGAAUCAGACAGCCG